AUGUCUGGUUUUGACCGUCAUGACGCGUCGCUUGCGCCACGUGGACAGCGCUACAGCACACACAACUCUCACCAAGAUCAUCCUCCUACUUCUACGCUAGUGCUACGUGGUCUUCCACGCACUGUCACUGAUAAAAUGAUUCUCCGUGCUCUACAAUCUUUUCAACCAUUACAAGCUCGAAUCAUUUACGAUAAGACCACCGGAGAACCUCGUGGACUUGCUUUUGUGGACUUUGAUAGUGUGGAAAAAGCAAUGGAAGCCAUGCGCACAUUUGAAUUGAGACCUUUGAUACUACAGAAUCGCCACGUGAACAUCAAUUAUACCGACGGAUUUCGUCGAGAUGUUGCCUCUUGUCGACCGAGAGACGCAAUUGGAUGGUUUCGACGUGAAAAUCAAAAUCAAGGACAGUCCAGGCAAACACGACCAGACUGGAUUUGUGAUGAGUGCAAUGUAAUAAAUUUCGCUCGUCGAACAAGCUGUUUCCAGUGCAACGUACCGAAGACAAGUCAAACGAAAGAGAUUCCAGCAACGGCAGCAUAUCGCGCUGAUCAUAGGCGUAGUCACGACGACUCUCAAGAUGGCGAGAAAGCAUCUCGAAGAUGUGGCCUGGGUCUAGACUCUACCUGGAGCGUUCCUCCAUCACAUGUACUAGUGGUGCGCAUGCUCCCACCCGAUAUUGAGGAAGGCGAGCUUCACGUGGCAUUUGCUGAGUUUGAUGGUGUACAGGAUAUUCGUCUGAUCCGAGAUCGCGCAACCAAUCUGUCACGAGGGUUCGCCUUUGUCGAGUUCCGCGACAUCGAAACAGCGACGAAUGCUCUAAACCGAUCUCAAGGCUUAACUGUACAAAACAUUCGCGUGGAUCUGUCGUACGCGCGCGAUACUCUCUCAACGAGAUCACACCAUUCGGUGGAUUCGCUUGAAGGAUCGCGCACUAGUAGUUCGAUGGCAGUGACAGCAUUGGAGCAAGCACAGUGGUUGCUUUCUCUACGUCGCGAGGCUGACACGGCGGCGCAAAAUGAUCAGCAGAACAGCGUUGCAGCAGAUGUAAGCGCUUUUUUGGAUAGUGCUGCGGCUCAAGUUGCUCCUCUCGUUCAAGAACCGAAGAAAAUGUGGCCUGCACCAUUCGAGACAGCAGGCGGCAGCUAUGUGUAUGUCAGCGAGAAAGGCCUAUACUGGGAUCCAGACAGCAUGUUCUACUAUGAUGCGCCCACCAAGGUUUACCAAAACUCGUUUACAGGCGCGUACUACCGGUGUGUGAACCCUACGAGUAGCGGAGCGGCAGCAUUUCAGGUUUUUGUGCCGCCACUACCUGUUGAUGAUGAAGCAUAUGAAAUUUCUACUGCUCCCAAAGUUAAUGUAGCGAGCAAGCCAGCAUUGAGCCUAUCACUGAAGAAGGACAAGAAGAAGGCUUUGGGCAUUUCGCUUGGUGUUAAAACUACUGCUUUUGCGUCGGCUUCGUCGGUUUUUAUGAAAACUAGCCCGGUCGGAAACGGUGCCACCGCGCCUUCAGUCAAUGCUGUCAAUAUGGCUAGCAUCGGGAUGAAGCGCAAGAGUGCAGAUGAUAUCGCGAAGUGGUCACAACGACAGCGUGAAGCAAAUGAACCGAAGAGUGAAGAGCUUAGUAAAGCACCUGCUCAACAGCAACUUUUACGCAGUACAGCGGUAGGUGUAUCGGCCGUCAGCCGAGGCGAAGCUGCAAAGUCUAGUGCUACCUCGCAGCAAAAGGCGACGACAACUGUUUCGUCGAAUACUGUGGAUCCUGUUAUUGAGGCAUUGACUACUGUUCCUGUAGAAGCACCCAUUUGUCUGCUCUGCCGGCGAAAGUUCGGAUCGCUAGACAUUCUUCGCAAGCACGAAACAUUGUCAAAGUUGCACCUGGCCAACUUAGCGAAGGCUAAAGAGAACAAGCAACACAUUGCUGCGCAAUAUCGUGAACAUGAAAAGGAGAUGGAGCGAGAUGCCAAAAAACAGCGGCAAGAUGAUUAUGCGCCAUCAACUUAA